AUGAGCUACCUUGAAGACGUGGCUUUUAUAAAGCACGCAACCAGGCAGCUACUGCGCUACCAGAAGAAACAUCUUCAACAUCAAGCCCACGCUGUAGCAAAAAUUAAUAAAAUUUGUGAAAGCCAGCGGCAAUCAGAAGAAGAAAAACAACUAAAAGAAGAGUUGGUACAUGUCUUUGAAAAAGACCUAAAAGCAUUUUUCGGGCAAACAGCAAAAGUCACCAUGUACGGUGGUAGCGUCAAUGGUUUCGGAUCCAAAAAUUCGGACAUUGACGCAUGCAUCGAAAUCAACAUAAAGUAAGCUAAAUUACUACAGUAUUAAAACUUAUUUAAUUUAAACUAUGUUUCUAAAACAAUGAAAUUCUUUAUUACCUGUAAUUGUAAGUUACUUCAGAUUGAACCCUGAAACAACAGAAGAAAGAGAAGCAAACACACAGUUGCUUGAACUUGUACAAGAGAGAAUAAACAAGAAAAAAGACAGCAUGAUAACAAAAUAUAAAAAUUUGCGAUUAAUCAAAGCAAAAGUAAGUUAUAUGUAAGCUAAAUUGUUAUUGUAAUAAUUAAUGAUUUAUUGAUAUCAAGUCAAAAUUUUUCAAAUUAUUGCAAUCAUAAUUAUUAUUAACUUUAGGUGCCUAUCAUAUGUACGGAGAUGUAUCACCCAAUGGCACGCCAGUAUUUUGAAGUCGACUUAAGUUGUGCAAACCAACUUGCAAAAAUGAAUACACGGCUGCUCCAAGAAUACUCAAGGUAAGUUAUAUAAAUUAUGUACUACGUUAUCGCAAUACAUUUUAACAUUAAAAAUCUAGAAAUCUUUGCAAAUAAUUAAAACUUAAUUUUAGGUUAGAUGAUCGAGUAAAAAAUUUAUUCUUUCUUGUGAAGAAAUGGUUAAAGAAAAACCACCUGUAUGGUUCUGUCGGUUGCAUGAACUCGUACUCGAUAAUAAACCUGGUGAUUUAUUACCUGCAGCGAGGAGUUCAUCCCCAGAUACUACCGGUAAUGCACAACUUGGUACCAGACUUGGAGAACAAGCUUAAAAAUAAAGAUAACAUUUGCUGCAAAUGGAGUAAGUUUUUAAAAUUUGCAUUACAAAAAGAAUGUAACUUUGUUAACAAAUUGUUAACGUAUUUUUAACAUUAUUAUUAAAAAUUUUCAAUUGCAGCGCCACAAAAUACGGAGAUGACAACGCUACUGCUCUUUAUCGGGUUCGUAACAUUUUACAACCGAUUCAGAUUCAGGGACUACGAAAUUGACAUCAGAGAAGCGUCAUUAAAACCAAGGUAUUAAUUUUUUAAAACUGCUAUUACAUAUUUAUCUUGUGUCUAGUUUACCAAACUUUUAUAUAUAAUUUUCAAUCCAACAAUUAUAAAUUUCAGACAAACCAUAAAACACAGCAUCGCUAUUAACUGCCCGGUUAAUGGAAUGGUGCCAUCAAGAGGGUUCUUUGCUGUGAACCAUUACUUAUUCAAGCACCUGCUCCGCGAAACCCAUGAAGUUUUUUGGUACGACAUACCCGAUGCUACGCAUGGAGAAAAAGGACGCAUCCUUCAUAGAUUUAUAGGAAACCUUUAA